GUUCCCUUCUCUGAAAUUACAGACCCAACAAUUGAACAAUUUCUCACACACCUUCAAUCAUUUCAACCCAUUUUGGAUCAUUAUAUAAACCCCUUCUUUAAUUUCAUUUCUUCACAUUAUUAUUCCCUCUCCAUCUCCAUCAAUGUCCUGCACUAAAUGGGAUGCUGCUCGCAGAGCAAUGAAAUUCCUACGCCGGUGGAAAAUUCACACCCACCGCCGCUGCCGUCGCUCCUUUCCGGUGGAUUUCUGUCACGUGUGGCGGUUCAUCAAGCGACUCAUUCACCCAACCCCAACGCCUCUCCGCCCAUAUUCUGCAGAGCGUCAAUUCUCCUUCAAUGACAACCCCAUUGUUCACCUGAAAUUGCAUCGCCUUCCGCCGCCGUCGCCGCCGUGUGAUUAUGAAGCGGAGGAGGAAGAGGAAGAAGAAGGGAUUGAUUCGAAGGCGGAGAAGUUUAUUAAAAUGUUUUACGAGGAAAUGAGGUUGCAGAGUCAGGUGUCGUAUUUGCCGUUGGAUUGGUUUUCUGACGCUGAUGAGUCACCGUCGGAUCAAUAUUUUGUUUUAUCUUAACUAUUUAUUAGUUAUAUUUUAAUUA